AUGAACACCAAACAACUUCAACCUGUCCAAGACAAGUUUGCUCGCCCGAUCAGGGAUAUUCGUGUUUCGAUUACUGAUCGGUGCAACUUCCGUUGCGUGUAUUGCAUGCCGAAGGAAUUCUUCGGCUCGAACCAUGCUUUCAUGCAUCGAGAUGAACUGCUCACUUUCGAGGAAAUUGAUCGCUCGAUCCGAGCAUUCGUAGCCAAUGGCGUAAAGAAAGUGCGGAUUACCGGUGGUGAACCCAUGAUUCGUCGAAAUCUGCCAGAUCUGAUUUCGCUGCUUUCCGAGAUUCCUGGAGUCGAAGACUUGAGCAUGACGACAAACGCGUCGUUGCUGACCGCAUCCGCAGCUCGUACGUUGCACUCAGCCGGACUGCAACGUAUCACGAUAAGUCUUGACGCGAUAGACAACAAAGUGUUCGGAUCGAUCAAUGAUGUGAAAUUUCCAGUCAAGCGAGUGCUUGACGGAAUUGAAAACGCGCAGUCUGCCGGAAUAUCACCCAUCAAAGUCAACAUGGUAGUCGCCAGAGGCAUGAACGAAGACGAAAUCCUGCCUAUGGUUCGGCAAUUUCACAAUUCCGAUGUCAUUCUGCGAUUUAUUGAAUUCAUGGAUGUCGGCAAUACCAAUGACUGGCAAAUGGACAAGGUCAUUCCAGCGACUGAAAUUCUAGAUACGAUCCGCCGCGAAUUUCCGAUUUACCCAGUAUCGCCUACCUACCGAGGCGAAGUCGCCAAGCGUUGGAGAUAUAAAGACGGCAAAGGUGAGAUUGGCAUCAUUUCAUCCGUUACCGAACCUUUCUGCGGCACCUGCAACCGCGCCCGUCUGACAGCGGAAGGAAAAAUUUCACAUGCUGUUUGCAACCAGUGGAUUUGA